AAAAUCACUUGUCUCAAUCCUUAGCCAUGCUUUCAUUGAGCUAUCAGUCCAAUAUAGGGUUAAGAUCCCUUGGUGCACGAUGCAUAAAGAUAAAUGCGCCACUAAUUCCAAUUGGUUUAAUGAGAACUUAUUACACCCGUCCUCAAACUAUAACCCAUUCAAAGCUCCCUUUUAUAACUACAAACUUACGUAAACUUAACAAUUACAAUACACUUAGGUUUACCAAGUUAUCCUAUUCAACAAAGACAGCACCUCCUCCACCUCCACCAUCCCAUGACAAAAAUGAAAAAGGGAAGAAGUUACUUAAUAAGAUCACAAGGGCAUUCACAUUCUCAAUAUCAUCAUUACUUGUUCUUGGUGCUGCCGGGGUAGCCUUAUUGGUUGUAUAUUUGAUAUUGUCGGAGUUAUUAUUACCUUCAGGUGAUACCAGGACAUUUAAUAAAGCCGUGAAAUUAGUUGAACAAAACGAAGCAGCACAAAAGUUGUUGGAUUUCCCCAAGGGCCAAAGAUUAAAAGCUCAUGGUAUGGUUUCCUCAGACAGAUGGGUUCGUAAUAGACCAGUUCAUGGUAUCAAAAAGACCGGAAAAGAUGGCAAAGACCAUUUAGUUAUGCAAUUCCAAGUUGAAUCCGACAAAGGAAAGUACGGGAUUGUCACUUUGGAACAAAUUGAUAAUUCUUAUUGGAGUACUGAAUUUGCAUACAUUGCAUUAGAUGUUCCGGGGUCAAAAAGAUUAUACAUAAUUGAACCUAAAUUCCAAGCCAAGAACUAUUUACCAAAGUUGAAUAGCAACUCCGGAUUUUUGGGUCUUAAAUGGGGCCCAAAGAAGGACGACGAGGAGAAACGUUAACGAAAUGUAUAAAAAGUAUUAUUAAAUAUUUAUUCAAAACAAAUAUAUAUAUAUUAGCAAAAAGUUGUAAAUGGAGAUUUAAAAGAAGAGAGGCGAAAUAGCCAACAUAAACAGAAGAAAUAAAAUUCCAGCCACCCCUUCGUUCUGGGGUGCUGAUGAGUCCAUGUUACUAGCUGUAGAAUUUUCGUUACUUUGUGGUGUCACUUUAGUAGGUGGAGACUUGUCAAAAUUAUGUUCAGGCUCUUCUGAAUUUGAAUGAAGUAGACUUAAACAAUUUCUUCCAUCGGAGGAGAAUUUUGUGUCCAAAUCAACAAACCCAAUAGGAUUAACUAAUAUACCUUUACCUUGAAAU